CUCAGACUCUGACGCCACGUCCACGUGCCUUAAUGACCUCAUCAGUGAGGCUGACAGCAGUUAGCAUGUAGCUUAGCAGACUUCCUGUCCCGGCUGUGAGUUGGAAGCAGUUAGCAGUUAGCAGUUAGCUCGGAGUUUUAGCAGGACGGUACCGUGAGUUCGGUGGACGGAAGCGGGCUGUUACUGAGCCGAGCUGCGGGUGAACCUCCGCACGCACCGCCGGUCAGCUGACCGUGCGCGCGGCCAGGUGUGUGACCCGUGUUGACCUCGGUGGGCGUUGCCGUGGGCGAUGGCGCUGAUCGAAGGCGUCGGAGACGAGGUGACGGUGCUGUUCUGUUCGCUGUUGCUCCUCCUGGUGAUGCUGCUCGCCUGGAUCUCCACCCGCACCACCGAGCCCCCGGAACACCUGUUUGCCUCCACCACAGGCCCCGCCUCAUCAUUGAGGAGCAGCCCCGCCCACCAUGACACGCCUCUCUCUGCCGCCAACUCUUCCUCUUCCUCUUCCCCCCCCUCCGGCUCUUUAAGUGACAGCUCUCUGACAGAAGCCCCGCCCACCAACACCUCCACCCAGGAGAAGGAGGGGGAGGGGAGAGAAAGGGGAGAGGCUGGAGGAGGAGACGGUGUGAGGAGCAGAGAAGAAGGAGGAGGAGGAGGAGGAGGAGGAGAGUCUUCGUCCUCUCAGAGGAACAUGGUGCUCAGACUCAAGUUUCUCAACGACACAGAGACAACGGCUCAGGUCAAACCGCAGGACACCAUCGGCUACAUCAAACGGUAA